AGAAGAAGAAAUGACGGAAAAAGAAGAAAAGGAGGCAAAGCACCAAGAACGAGAAAAACAAGUUGAUGUAAAAGAAGAGUUGCAGGAAAAAGUCAACAAAUUUGAGAUGGAAGAAGAGCAAAAGGUUGAUGGAAAAGAAGAAGAGAUGGAGGAAAACCGAGAAACGGAGGCAAAGAAACAAGAGCAAGGGAAACAACAGAUCGGUGGAAAAGAAGGAGAGAUGAAGGAAAAAGUCGACGAAGUCACAGAGAACGAAGAAGAGCAAAAAGUCGACGGAAAAGAAGAAGAAAUGGUGGCCUCAGUUGACCAAGAAGUAAAUGCAGAAGAAGAAAGAGAGUUGACAAAGGAGCCAAACACUGAGCCAACCAACCAGCUCCAUCAAUCACAGUGUCCUGAAACGCUGAGUCAUGCUGGAGCACAAAUACCAAACGAAGCUCCCACAGAAGAAGAGAAAGACUCAGGCGCUGCCAAGAACCAGAACGGGGACAUUUAUCCCACAUCACCGAGCAACGACAACGAGACAGAGGAAGCUCCACCACAAGCUGCUCCUCUGACCCACUCAGACCUGAACCAGUCUGUCGAUGCUCCUCUGGAUCUGACAGAGGUGGGAAUACAGAAUCUGGAGGAACAGGAGCGACUGACAUCAUUUCCUGAUUCAGGACAUCGAGGUGAAACAGCAGCUGACGACAGCACCCGAGAGAGUACACCUGAACUACACACAGGCUGCAGGUCGGAGGAGAAAGUGUUGUUGAUGGAUGCAGCUGCCGAGCCGUCGUUAGUGGCUGGACAAGACAGUGAAGAGCUCAGUCCGACCCGAAACUCAUCCAGCACAGAAAACCCCGAGAUGAAAGUGAAGGGGGACAAAGGGGACAAAGAAGAAGGAGGUCAAACCUCUCACAAUAUGAACGGUGAGGCGAACGACAAGAACGGCAGCCGACAAUCCUCAAAGUACAAAACCGUGUCCUACAGGAGGAUCCGGAGAGGAAACACCCGACAGAGGAUUGAUGAGUUUGAGGCCAUGAUGGACUCGUGAUUGAAAUAUUGAGUGUUUGGUUCUGUUGGAUUUGUGGGGUGCAACCCCUCGCGGUAACAUAUAAAGAAAAGUACUGGACCCAGGAUAGAGCCUUGUGGUACACCAUACUGAAUGUGCGGUCUAUAAUUUUUCUAAAUUGUUUGCUAAAUAAAUAAAGUUUAAGUUUGUUUAUGUAGCACCAAAAGGCCAUGGGUUUGAGGUCUCAGUCAACUAACUAAAUUUAAUAUCCUCAAAGUGUUUUGUUCUGUUGGAUUUUUGGGAUGUACGAUGCAAUCCUGAGUGGUUACAUAUAGAGAAAAGUAGUGGACCCAGGAUAGAGCCUUGUGGUCCACCAUAUCAAAUGUCUGGUCUUUUUUUCCAAUUUUGUGUUUGAAAGGUGCUGAAUAGAUAAAGUUUAAAUUUGUUUAUAUAGCACCACAAGGGGCUUUUGGGGAUGUUGGAUGCAACCACUCAUGGUAACAUACAGAGAAAAGUAGGGGACCCAGGACAGAGCCUUGUGUUACGCCAUAAAAAUUGUCCGAUCUGUAUCUUUUCCAAUUUUGUCUGUUAAAGGUGCUAAAUAAAUAAAGUUUUAAUUUGUUAACGUAGCACCAAAAGACCACAGAUUUGAGGUCACAGCUAACAGUGACAUAUAGGUUUGAGGCCAUGGUGGACGUGUGAUUAAACCCUAAAUAUUGUCAGAGUGUUUCGUUCUGUUGGAUUUUUUUGGAAUCUUGGAUGCAACCCCAAGUGGUAACAUAUAGAGAAAAGUAGAAGACCCAGGAUAGAGCCUUGUGGUAUUGUGGUACAUUAACCCAGACCUAUCUGAUGUAGAUGUUAGCAUUUUGCAAAUGUAAAUACUGAUUAAACUGCAAGAACAAAUAUCAUUUAAAAUAUCAUUAUAACUUCACAUAUCUGUAAAGUCCUAGAAAUCAAACAGAUACACUAAGCAACAUAAUUUUGGUUCUGAAAUAGAUGUGACUGAUACAUGUAUAGCUGACUGAUGUGUUUCUAGUUAAUGUAAACUUCACUGUCUGAUCAUCACUAUUUGUUUAUAUUUAUUAUUGAAUUUAAUUACAAUAAACAAACUUAAAAGGCACCAUA